CAAAAAAGCUUGCAGCCUGCCAGUUUGUGUGCACAGCUGUCUUGAAUACAGAAGACCAUCUUCACAGGUUCAGCACAGGCACAUACUGGUGUUUUUGUGGGAUUCUCAUUUGUCUUGCAGCUGCCAACCUCAGAAUUGAAACUAUUUCGGUGUUUUAGGUAUGAGGGCCUGCUUAGUUUUCCUUUGCUUAUUGGCAGCCACACUUGCCCUGUCUGUAAAAAGUAAACACCUUAGAAAACAUCAUGGAGUGCGUAAGACCUCAAAUACAGCCAAAUUAAAGAUUAAGGACGUUAUCAGAGGGGAAGCCAGCCUGCCAAACAUCUUACCCACUUUAGUCACAUUUGAGGCCAGCAACCAGGAGCAGGAAGAUGAGGAGUUUAGCACUGAGGGAAAUGCAAGCCGUAACAAGGAGGGUGAAGAAUUUGAGGUGACCGGAAGAAACGAGAAAAGCACUGCAGUCCUGUUGAGUGAGGAGGAACUACUAGACCUCCUGAAGAAAGAGGCAGAAGAAGAGGAAGAAGUGGAAGAACAAGAGCCAGGUAAAGAGGAAGUGGAGCCACACAACGGCAAGAUGGAGUCUGGUGAGGCUGUGGGGAGCGAUGAGGAUGAGGAAGCUGUGGGAAAGGACAAGUUGCAUGUCAACUUGGAAAUGGAGGAAGAUGCUAAUGAAGUAACAGAUGAGGAGGAAGAGAAAAAAGAGAGUGUGGAAGAUGAAGUAGAGGAGGAGGUGGAGAAGAUGUCACACAAGAACGAGAAGGAAGAGAUUCUCAGCAAAAUGGCUGACACAGAAGAGAAAGUUGCACUACUAGAAGAAAUAGAAGGCAGCACAGAGUCAGAGAUCCAAGCUGAGCUUGAUUAUGCUGAUGGUGGCAUCUUACAACCAAUACAGAUUGUAUCUACUAAAGAAAAAUCCCACACUGAUGAGAUCCAGCCUGUUUCUAAAACUGAUGUUCCAGAUGUUCAAAAGAAGGAAACCAGUGAGAAAGAGCAGCCCACCAUAGCUAAUGACUAUGAACAAGACAUACAAAACACUGAGGUAGCAGAGAGCAAAGAGGCAUCUGAUCAGGAGAAGAUACAAGAAGACAAAAAUGACAAGGACAAAGAUUCACAAACUAAAUUUAAAGAAACAAGUCCAGCUGUGGAUCAUCUAGAACCAAAGAGCAGUACAGAGCUCAAAUCAAGAUCUCAGGUGGCUGAAACAGAGGAAGAGAAAAAUAAGAAUGACAGUGGAAGUCACACUAAGAGAAAGAGAAGGAAACAAAAGAAGAACAAGAGAGCGAGGAGUCAUUCUCCACAAAGGGAGGAAACACAAUCUGGACAGAACCAGGGCCAACGGGAUCCUCAGGAGUCUGAGAGUAGCCACACUGACAAUGCAGUCCAGAAAGCAAAGAGGAGAAGGGCAGGAAAAUGGGGCCCAUUAGUAGGAAUGAAUCCAGUGCAGAUAAAAGCUACUGUGGAUCUCUACCCCAGCUCCAGGCCCUCUGUUGGUGGAGGCAUUCAUCACCCAGAAGCCCCUGUUGACCCAUGUGACAAUUUCCGCUGCAAACGUGGAAAGACAUGUAAACUCGAUGCAGACAAAAAGCCAGGUUGUGUGUGUCAGGAACCGUCACAAUGUCCUCCCAGUGUGAACGAGUUUGAUCAUGUUUGUGGGACAGACAACAAAACCUAUGAUACAUCAUGUGAACUCUUUGCUACUAAAUGCAGCCUGGGGGGCACCAAGAGAGGGCGCAGACUCCAUCUGGACUACACUGGGCCGUGCAAAUUAAUAUCUCCAUGUGUGGACACUGAGCUGGUCCAGUUCCCUCUCCGAAUGAGGGACUGGCUGAAAAAUGUGCUGCUGCAGCUCUAUGAGUAUGACUCCACGUCCCCUGGCUUCCUCACUCCUAAACAGCGUUAUAGAGUGACAAAAAUCUUUGAGAGUGAGCGGCGCCUUCGUGCUGGUGAUCACUCCGUUGAGCUCCUCGCACUAGACUUCGAGAAGAACUACAACAUGUACAUCUAUCCAGUGCACUGGCAGUUUGCUCAGCUGGACCAACACCCAUCUGACAGGUUCUUGUCCCACUCUGAGCUGGCCCCACUCAGGGUCCCUCUGGUGCCAAUGGAGCACUGCACCUCCCGCUUUUUCCAGGAGUGUGAUGCAGACAGGGACAAACAGGUGUCCUUUAAGGAGUGGACUUCCUGUUUUGGCAUCAAGAAUGAGGAUAUGGAUAUCAACCUGCUUUUCUGAGCUUCUUUAUGUACUUCAUCUACUACACAAGCUUAUGGGAGCUGCUCCCAUAGUGCACCUCGAGACAGAAACUUUGUAAACCUCUGUUUUAAAAGGAAUUUAAAAAAAA